AUGGCAGGGCAUAUCCAUGGAAAUUGUGUUAAAUGUGGUAAAAGUGGUGGAAUACUUUUAUGUAAUGGUUGUCAACAAACAUUAUGUUUUAAACAUGUUAAUGAACAUAAAGAAGAACUUGAUAAACAAUUAGAAGAUUUAAUAAAUGAUCAAGAUCAAUUUCAAAAUUCACUUAAUAAACAAGAUGAUUCACAUCAUUUAUUUUAUGAAAUUGAUCAAUGGAGAAAAGAAUCUAUUGAACAUAUUAAACAAAUAGCGAAACAUGCUAAACAAGAUCUUCGAUUAGUAAUAAAUCAAGCAAACGAUCAAUUAUUAAAAACAUGUGAAAAUCUUAAAGAAAAUAUUCAUUUAUUAAAACAAUCAGAAGAUUUAUCAGAAAUUCAAUUAAUUAAAUUAACAAAUCAAUUUAAUGACUUAAAAAAAGAAAUUAAUUCUUUUCAAUUAAUAAAACCUGAAUUAAAUUCAAUUUUUUUAAAAUUUCAAAAACAACAAAUUAAUGAAAUUGUACCACCACCACCACCACCACCACCACCACCACCACCAAUAAUUGUUCCACCUAUUGAAAAACCGUUACCUAAUAUUGAACAAAUUCAUACAAAACAACAAGGUUCAAUAAUAAUAUCUGAAAUUGAUCCAUAUGGAUAUUUUAUUGUUAUUGAACAUAAUGGAUUAACAACUAGUAAAGAUCAAGAUAUGAUUGGAUGGUCAUUAAAACGUUCAAUUGAUUCAUAUAUUGAUAUGAUUUAUAAAUUUCCAAAUGAUUUUACUCUUAAACAUAAAACAUCUAUUAAAAUACUUUCAAAACAAGCAAGUCAAACACUUUAUUUAUAUGAUAUUGCUAAUUGUUUGGUAGCUGAUUCAAUCCCAACAUGGGGAACAGCAGUUAAAACAACUACCAAUUCUAUUAUUGAUGUUAUUGGAGAUGAAAAAGAUGUUUUUGUUCAAACAUUUAAAGAAAUAAAAUAA